AUGUCACUACUGAAUCGUUCUCGUUCACCAAUUGAUCCUUCCAAUUUCUUACGAGCACUGCAAAACAGAAUGCAUGCUCUUAACAAUAACGCGUUUUAUCACAAUCACCAACAAGAUGUGCCCGAGAUCCUUCAAGUUGUUUUUGACGAAAUUAUUGGAUCUUCCCCUUUGGUUGACAAUCUACUGUCUGUAACUAUGACCACAACAACGUCAUGCAACUCCUGUUGUUUCUCCACUUCCAGGGAGCAAAAGGAUUCAAUUUUAAUUUUACCAACGUGUAAGUCAAUAGCAGACUCUUUUAACAAAUUUUUACAACCUCAAGAACUUCUAGGUGACAACAAGUGGUUCUGCCCCCAGUGUUCAUCGCAUCAAGAGGCCACAAUUGAAACUCAGAUUUCUAAUUGCGGCGACUUCCUUGUUGUACAAUUGUUAAGAUACACAUCAGUAAAUGGGUCUUCUUUUAAAGACAACAAGUUAGUCAAUUGCUUGCCUAAAAAACAUCAUGUCUUAAAGGUAGCAUCUCACCCAACUGACGAUGUGUCUUUCAACAACAAGUAUAACUUGGUUGCUACCAUUAACCACUCAGGUACAUUAAAAGCAGGUCAUUACUGGGCCUUCAUUAAGGACCAACAAAACACCUGGUUCAAAUGCAACGAUCGCUGUAUUUCUCAAGUAGACACAUUCCACUUGAAUAAUUCUUCGUCAUACAUACUUUUCUUUUCCAGAAGUUAG